AUGGUUCAUAUUAGCAGUUACAAGCCAAGUUCAGUAAAAUUCAAUCGCAUCCGCAUGGGCAUUGUGGAUCUGCUUUCACCUCCUAAGGAAAACCGCGAUCUGCUCACCAUUAUAAGCCACUUUACACGAUGGCCAGAAGCCAUUCCAAUACCAGACAUACAGGCAGUUAUAGAUGCGAGAACCUUUGUUACUCACUGGGUUUCAAGGUUUGGCACACUGACAACUAUCGCAACUUACAGAGGCAGGCAGUUUGAAUAA